CGCGCCAAAAUUGCGUCACAACGAUUAUGACGUCUUUAGAUAGCGGCGCCGUUUCAGACUGGAAUGGGAGCUAGCGAUUUUCCCCAUAUUUUGAUAGUUUAAUCCGUGAAUGGCGCCGAAACAGGACCCGAAACCUAAAUUUCAAGAAGGUGAAAGAGUGCUGUGUUUUCAUGGGCCAUUGCUCUACGAAGCUAAGUGUGUUAAGAUAAACAUCAAGGACAAACACAUCAAAUACUUUAUUCAUUACAGUGGAUGGAAUAAGAACUGGGACGAAUGGGUUCCUGAAAGCCGAGUGCUUAAGUAUGUGGACAGUAAUCUGCAGAAACAGAAAGAGCUUCAGAGGGCCAAUCAAGACCAUUAUGUAGAAGGGAGAAUGAGGGGGGCUGCACCGAAUAAGAAGAUACCUGCUCCACCGCAAAAGAAUGAUGUGAAAACCAAAAAGAACAAACAAAAGACUCCUGGUGCAGGUGAAGGGACGAGUUCAGGAGGAGAACCAACCCACCCUCCACGGAAGAAGAGGGCACGAGUUGACCCAACAGUUGAAAGUGAGGAGACCUUCAUAAAUCGAGUUGAGGUUAAAGUAAAAAUCCCAGAAGAGUUGAAACCUUGGCUUGUGGAUGACUGGGACCUAAUUACACGGCAAAAACAGCUUUUCCACCUACCUGCCAAAAAGAAUGUUGAUGCAGUUCUUGAAGAUUAUGCAAACUACAAGAAAUCAAGAGGAAACUCUGACAGCAAGGAGUUUGCUGUGAACGAGGUGGUCGCUGGGAUCCGGGAAUAUUUCAAUGUCAUGCUGGGGACGCAACUUCUCUACAAAUUUGAGAGGCCCCAGUACGCAGACAUCCUGGCCAACCACCCAGAUACAUCUAUGUCACAGAUCUAUGGCGCUCCUCACCUACUCAGACUCUUUGUGAGGAUCGGAGCGAUGCUGGCGUACACUCCGUUGGAUGAAAAGAGCCUCGCACUGCUGCUCAGUUAUCUACAGGACUUCCUCAAGUAUCUUGUAAAGAACUCUGCAUCCCUCUUCAAUGCAAGUGACUAUGAGGUUGCGCCCCCAGAGUACCACCGGAAGGCAGUGUGAAGUUUUUUUUUUUUUACAGGAGGAUCUGAAGCCUUUGUGUGCCGAAGUCUGGAAACAACUUUCUUAACUGUCCAUCUGAUUUCACAAAAAGCCUUCGGAGAACAGAUUGCGCAAGAUCUGACGAUUCAUUGUGGAGGAAUCAGAACGAGAUGUCACACUAAUCCCCGGACAAAUUCAUUUUCUUUCAUGUGGAAAGCUGCUGAGUACGCUCUUCCUGUAUUGGUAUGUUUUUGAGUACCACCUUUUUAGUUUUUAUUAUCCUUGUUUUUGUCCCUUUUGUUUACAAAGAUCUUUGGAAAAAAAGGAAUUUCAUCAUGAUUAUAUUUUUGUUUCCUGGUUUGGUUCAGAUGCUGGCUAAAUUUGUCUCGUAGGCUGUCAUCAUUUUCUAAUAAAAGUCGCUCAUUCUCAA